UGAUUUAAAUGUUUUAGCCCAAAUCCUCACAAGUUUUAACAGAAGAAUCAAAGAAGUGCUGUUAUAAAAUUAUAAGCUUCACAUUUCCGGUUUUACAUUUUCCAGAGUUUGGCCCUAAUCACUUUCAUUGUAAAGGCCUCUCUGUUACCUUUCAGUAUUUUCAAAAAUUAGGUACGAGUCAAAAUAUUUUUUGUAGUAAACAUCAUUACGUCACAGUUGUACUAAGAAGAAAUUAAAAAAGAAUCACUAUGCCAAAAAGAACCUGAUGUUUCUGACAAAUGAUGAACCUGACUCAGUUCUGGCUUAUCAACGGAUCGUCAGACACUAUGUAUUCAAGUGCUGCCUCAUGUUCUGAGGAGAGAUCUGGCCAUAUCUAGACAAUCUGUACUAAGAAGGUCAGAUUGUGUCGUGCAUAUAUCAUAUCAUUCUUUCUUGAGUGUUCAGUCACACCUGCACUGAUCAACAUGUACAUACAUACAACACAGCCCACCUUUGACACAUCACAGGCCCUCCUCACUCCCUUUCUAUCACAAACACAGACACACAUGCUUUCCAACAAGAUUGGGAGGGACAGUCACCCUUGGCAGGAUGCAUGCUGUGGGCCUCUGAUGUAAUUCCCUCAUGCUUCCUGUUGGUGCUUAACCCUGAUACACCUCCCACAUCCCAACGCUGCUUAUAAAUACAAAAGAGAGGGAUGCUGGCCCCAUUAAGAGAGUCCGUCUUCAUAGACAUGGACAAAAUGUGCCUUUAAGUGGACGUCUGGCAUGGAUGCACCCUAUUCUUGUGGAAUUUCACUCUGCCAAACUCAAAACCUAACAGAAGAGAUCCAACCCAAGCAGAUUUUCACAGACAAACAAAUCAGGCAAUAUGAUGGACGAGUGUUUUCAUGAAAAUGAUUACCACGUGUCACGACGUAUCUACUCAAACCGGGUCUUUGACCAGGUUCAUGAGAGACAAGCCCAAGAGAUCCAGAGUUUACGAGAACGGCUGGGCAGAGCCUGCGGAUGCACUGAUAAAUGGGCUGUUCAGAAGAUAAAGGGGCUUCUGCCAAUCCUGGAUUGGCUUCCUAAAUACCCAGUCAAGCAAUGGUUACCCGGUGAUGUCGUUUCUGGGGUCACUACAGGACUAGUAUGCUGUUUACAAGGUGUGGCUUAUGCAUUGCUGGCCUCUGUAGCGCCAGUCUAUGGACUCUACUCUGCGUUUUUUCCUAUUCUUACAUACUUUGUGCUGGGCACAUCCAGACACAUCUCUGUGGGUCCAUUCCCUGUCACCUGCCUGAUGGUGGGCUCUGUAGUUUUGACCUUAGCUCCUGAUGAACACUUUCUGCGUCCAGUGAACAUCACAGGUGUGAAUGAGACAGUGACAGAUGGAAGGUUAAUGGAGGUUGAUGGAGAAGCAAGAGAGGCCCAGAGAAUCCUGGUUGCUUGUACCAUGACGGUGUUGGUUGGAUUAUUCCAGGUGGCUAUGGGGCUGAUGCAGGUGGGCUUUCUAGUCAGGUAUCUCUCAGACCCACUGGUAGGCGGCUUCACCACCGCUGCUGCUUUUCAUGUCUUCAUAUCUCAGAUUAAAACCAUCGUGUCUGUUCCUAUACACAGCCAUAAUGGAUUCUUCUCCUUUGCUUAUACCCUCAUUGAUGUAAGUAGGAACAUCAACCAAACGAACAUUGCGGACCUGAUUGCUGGAUUACUAACAAUCUUCAUUGUUAUGGCUGUGAAAGAGAUCAACACAAAAUUUCAACAUAAAAUCCCAGUGCCGAUUCCCAUAGAAGUGAUUGUGACAGUGAUAGCUUCUGCAGUCUCUCAUCUGAUGGACCUAAACUCCCAGUACGGCGCCAGCAUUGUCCACAGCCUCCCCAGGGGGUUUGCACCGCCACAAAUACCAAAUAUAGCACUUAUUGGGAAGAUUCUGGGCUCUAGUUUUUCCACAGCAGUGGUUGGUUAUGCAGUAGCAGUCUCAGUGGCAAAAGUCUAUGCAGCAAAACAUGAUUACACAGUCGACGGCAACCAGGAGCUGAUAGCUUUUGGCGUUAGCAAUAUUUUUGGAGGAUGUUUCUCAAGCUUUGUGGCCAGCACUGCAUUGUCACGGACAGCAGUACAGGAAAGCACAGGGGGGAAGAGUCAGGUUGCUGGUAUCAUCUCAGCUCUGAUGGUGAUGAUAGUGAUUUUGGCCCUUGGGCCAUUUCUUCAGCCUUUGCAGAAGUCGGUGCUGGCUGGCAUUGUUAUAGCCAACCUGAAGGGCAUGUUCAUGCAGAUCUCAGAAGUGCCUGUACUCUGGAGACAGAACAGAAUAGACUGUCUCAUCUGGAUAGCUACAUGCCUGGCAUCCAUUGUGCUGGGUCUAGAUGUGGGUCUGCUGGCUGGUCUGGUAUUUGAGAUGGGCACAGUGGUGGUCAGAACACAAUUCCCUUCUUGUGCCACUCUUGGAAAUGUCCCAAAUACUGAUAUCUACAAAAACAUGAAGGACUACAAAAAUAUUGAUGAAAUUCCUGGAAUAAAGAUCUUCAAGUGCAACUCACCCAUUUACUUUGCAAAUAUUGAUUACUUCAAAGAGAAGCUGAGAGAAGAGGUGGGGUUUGAUGCAGUGCGGGUGUUCAAGAAAAGAAAUAAAGCUUUGAAGAAGAUUCACAAACUCAUUAAAAAAGGAAAACUACAAGCUACAGAGAAUGGUUUGGUGCCAGUGGCCUCACUGGGAGUAGAAAACCAAGCCUUUGAAAAAGAGCAGGUUCCUGAGCUGGACGAAGGGGCGUCUCAGCCAGACUCAGAGGUGAAGGUUCAGGUAGACUGGACGUCUGAGCUGCCGGUCAGUGUGUCAGUACCCACCGUCCAUAUUCACAGCCUUGUGGUGGACUUUUCUGCUGUCUCAUUCCUGGACGUGGUAGCAGCCAAGUCCCUCAGACUGGUGGUGAAGGAAUUCAUACGAAUUGGGGUCAGCGUCUACAUCGCAGGCUGUGAUGGUGAGAUGGUCAGGAGAAUGGAGGCCCUGUCCUUCUUUGAUGAGGAGGUUACUAGAGACAUUCUCUUCCUUUCUGUCCAUGACGCCAUUCUAUUCAUUCAGCUGGAAACCUCCACUGGAAAUGAUGAGGAUCCAUUAGCUGAGAGGAUUUCACAGUUGCAAGAUGACAAAAAGCCACUUCCUUUUACUGAAGAUGAGGACCUGAUUGAGACCUAUGACAUCCAGCACUUGGCUAUUUAUGGACUUUCAAACUCAGGAAACACUCCCUUUGUUAAGAAUCACUGGGAAAGACAUUCAUCGUCUUCCUAUUCAUUUGCUGAUAGCGGGUCAGGAGAUAUCCUGGGAAGACUGAAAGUGGAGCAAACAAAGAUUUCAACAUCUGAACUAGAAAAAUAACACCAAAUGCAACAUUUUAAAAGCAAGUGGCAUUUGGAUUUUUACAGCCUCAUUUUUGAGGCAAAUACAAGAUGACAAAUGCCUGUCAGCACAAAACAGGAUGUGGAGACCUGCCCGGUUCAUCAGUAUCGAGGCCCUUUUUGAUAGAGAAACACAUUAAAUCUGUGUUUCUGGUUACAAACUGUUUACUAAAAGUCUUAAAGAAGAGGAUCGUUUGAUAUUUGGAAAUAAAUCACCUGAGAAAAAGUAGUAAUGCAUUGCAAUGUGUCUCUG